UCCACCGAACGUCAUUCGCAGCACAAACGUCGAGCCGACUGGAGGUCUUCUGCAUAGAGUCCCAGUCCGCGAGGAUCAACGUUAUCAGUUUGUUGUUAAGUUUGCUUAGUUCCCGUUCUACGUUCCCCGUUCUACUCCGUUUUCGUUUUGCCACGUUGAAGUUUUAAGUUGAAAGUCCCAUCGAUGCCAUGGCCCAGAUACAGACACCGAUACCGAUUCCAGCCCCCGCGGAGCCCACUGAAAAGCUCAGCCACCCGCACAGCAUUGGCAUCCAGUUGCAGCACAAGGGGAUGCCCCAUGGCCUGGGCCUGCUGACCACCGUGGCCUCGCUGCCCCCCAAGUACCGCAGUCGAUACCUGAACCUGAAAACCAGGUGCGAAAUACCGCUGGAUCUAACGCUGAAGCUGCCCUCACCACUGCCCAGCAGCGAUGUGCCCAUGGCGGCCACAUUCGCGGAGGUGUACAGCGAAAAUACGAGUGCUAGUUCCAGCGAGGUGCAGGUGGAGGUGUCCAAGGCGGAGGAGCUGCCGGUGAAACCCCCAACACCACCGCAGAGUCCAGCAGGGAAGCGUAAAUUGAGCCGGGAGAGCUAUGACGACGAACAGCCGGCUAAAAUGGCCAAAAAGGAGGACGUUCCGGUGGAAACAGUAGAAGCCACACCAGCGAAACCCGUCAAAGUGGCAGAAUCUGCGCCUAAAACCAACAAGGCCACCACUUCCUCGGGAAAGCCCUCGCGCAAUAAAGCCACUCGCAAGCUGAAGUUCGAUGAGGAGACUAGUUCCCCCGUCUCGGGCACCGUCAUCCGACCGCUCGAAGACAUCACCGAUGGAUCGAUGCAGUACAGCAACGGCGACAUUGACCCCAAGUACAACAUAGUUGAGAUCACUGAGGAGACCAAGGCGGAACUGGCCGCCAUCAAGAACGUGAUCGGGGACUAUGUCUGCCGGCUGUGCAAGAUCAAGUUCGAGGACGCCUUCGGACUGGCCCGGCACAGGUGCGCCUGCAUCGUUCUGCUGGAGUACCGGUGUCCCGAGUGCGGCAAGCAGUUCAAUUGUCCUGCUAACUUGGCCUCCCAUCGCCGGUGGCACAAGCCGAGGAAGGAGGCGUCCAAAAAGGAGAAUCGCAAUACCACCAACCAGCCGGAAAAGCAGCAAGUGGAGAAAAAGUCGGAGGAGGAACUGGCCUUCGAUUGCCAGGAGUGCGGCAAGAAGUUCAAGAGGGCCGCCUACCUGAGGAAGCACCAGCUGACCCAUCAGAAGAAGGAAAAGCCGGUGGACAAGCAGUUGGAAAUGAAGGCCACCACCACAACUAUCACGGGCAGUUUUCACUUCAACCAAGCGGUGUCCACCUCCUCCUCCGCCAGCAGUUCGCACUCCGAUGAGGGCGUCUACGUGGUGGGGUCCAAUGCCAGGGAGAACUACGACUAUGACAACGACUACCUCUCGGACUCCAGCUCCUCCGCCUCAUCUGCGGGAUACGGACGGCUCCAGAUUGUGGAACAUGGCCUCACGGAGGAGGAAAGCAUUGCUGCCGCGGCUCUGACCAACUUGAGGAACUGCGCCUCCGUCAUCCAGCACACCACCAUGGCCCACUGAAAUCGAGUGAGAUUUAUUUUUAAUGUUAAGUUUAGUUUCUAGUUGAACACCAAACCCGAUGCAGCUAAAACAGACCAAAGAAUUAGUUAUAUUCCACGGAAAUUUCGUUUUCCACUUCGUACACUUAGUUAGCUAUACAGUUUAGUUCUUAACCGAUUCAGUUUCGUUCGCAAAAUGAGUUCAAUUCUAGUCAGACUCUAGUUUGUAUCCGUACUUCGGCCCACAUUUCACAGGCAAUUUAGUUGUAACUUAAUUUCUAGUCAGUGAAUCCAAAGAAUCUUGGCACUAGUCAGCUUCAAUACGAUCUCCAAAAGGGUGUCUCUUGUGUACCAGGAAGGCAUUUCAACCAGUCUCUAGGUUUAGCUAGUUUAGAAACUUUUGGGAGUGCAAUGAACCUACAACGAAAGCCAAAGCAACUAACCAAUGAUUUAAAACUAAUACUAUUCUAUCUACUCCUCGUUCAAUUCUUUUGCCCCGACAUCAUUCUGCAUCAUUCAUCACCCCUAUCAUCUUUCAUUCUUCCUACUACUAAUCAUCACAUAGCUUUUCACACUUUCAUACUAAUUUCCUCAUGACUCACUCUCAUCCUGUAUCAUCCUUGCCUUUCUCGCCAAUCAUUUUCCAGUUAAUAUUCUGCCCAAAAUUCAACCCUUUAACAAGUUUUUCAAUCUGGAAAUUUCUCGUCAUUCUAGUCACAAGUUCUUGCAUUCCUUCUAGUCACUUAGGGUAAAUCAUUACUAUAAGUCAGCUUCAGUUCGAUCUUACUAAGUUUGUACAAACAUAUAUCGUUCUUCAAUUUCGGAUACAGCUUUAGUCAUAUUCUGGUUAUAUACCGAAACCAAAAUUCAGGCAAAAUUGUGCAGUAAUAGUGUUUAAGUUCGAAUCAAACCAAAAAGCAAACCAAUCCUAGUUUAUAGCAAAUCCAAGCCCAGUGUUGGUGAACCAAAGUCGAGUGUGAGCUCUAGUCAUUUUAGCCACCUAAGAUACCAGCGGAAUCAGCUUGUUCUCAGUUUAGUUUAGUUAGUUUAGUUAGGCAUAGAAACGGACAUUGGACCAGCGUCUCACUACCAGUCAAAGUAUUGAACAGUACAACCUAGCUAUAAGGGCCCCAGGCUUCAGAACCGGCGGUUGUGUACUUAAAGCCAUAGAAUAAGUAAUCCCCGAUAUCGGGACAAUAUCACAGCGCUAUUGUUCCUUAGCAUCAGUAUGUGUAAAUUGGUUGUAACCGCAGAGUACAACGAAAAGGGAAACUUUCGCUCAAUCUAGGAAUUAACUAACUCUAAGCUAUAUCAUAUGUAACCAUAUCGGUUGAGAUUUUGUGAUACUACAGUCUAAGCUUCAAGUUUACAAGAGAAUCGUUGUGCUCGAUUGUGCAUUAACAAUAAGCUAAGAGGAAACAGGUCUUUGAACCAAGUAUUUUUAUACGUAAUAUACACCCUCUAUUUUUAUACAAGAACAAACUCUUGAGGACCCUUUUUAAUUAUAUGAAGUCUAAGAUGUAAUCGACAUAUAUUUAUCUGAAAACAAUAUAUUUUUAUACAAAACGAAAUCUUGGAAAAACCAUAA